AUGGCCAUCAAACAGGAGCCUUACAUCAACGGACACCAUCCCGUGCCAGAGACCAAUGGCUGGCACUCGUCGGAUACUAGCAAUGGCCAUGCCGGCUUGGACACAGAACAUCCAGUACGCACCGCAGAACCCAUUGCGAUCACGGGCAUUGGCCUGCGAUUACCAGGAGCAAUCCAUGACACUACCAAAUUCUGGGAUUUCUUGAUGAACAAAGGCAGUGGAAGAUGCAGAGUUCCUGCAGAUCGCUACAACAUCGAUUCGUUCUAUUUUCCGGGCAAGAUGGGCCAUACCAAUACCAAGUAUGGGUACUUUCUGGAUGACCUCGACCUCGCCACUAUCGAUCCAUCAUUCUGGACGAUGACUAAGAAGGAAAUCGAAGUCAUGGAUCCCCAACAGCGUCUGCUUCUAGAAGUGGUGCAUGAAGCUUUGGAGAAUGCUGGUGUGGUCAAUACCAGAGACCAGAAGAUCGGCUGCUACGUUGGCGUCUUCGGUGAAGAUUGGCCAGACCUGCAGUCGAGAGAUGAUCACAAUUCCGGUCUAUACCGUAUCAGUGGCUACGGGGACUUUGCCCUAUCGAAUCGAGUAUCAUACGAAUUCGGUUUUACCGGGCCUAGUGUGACAAUUCGGACGGCGUGCUCCUCGUCUCUGACUGGUCUUUACGACGCUUGUCAGGCGAUCUAUGCCGGAGAGUGCUCAUCCGCCAUUGUGGGCGGAACUAACUUGAUCAUGACUCCCAACAUGACAGUGGCGAUGACCGAGCAAGGUGUCAUAUCCCCAACGGGCUCUUGCAAAUCAUUCGAUGCUUCGGCAGAUGGCUAUGCUAGAGGCGAAGCUAUAAAUGCUAUAUACAUCAAGAAACUAUCCGAUGCUAUUCGAGACAAAGACCCGGUACGCGCUGUCAUACGCUCUGCGUGUAUCAAUUCGGACGGGAAGACUGCCGGCCUGUCGUAUCCGAGUUCCAAGGCGCACGAGGCUCUCAUUCGCCGCAGUCAUGUGGUCGCAGGACUAUCUGACUUUAGUCAAACAGCCAUGAUAGAGUGUCACGGUACAGGCACUCUUGUCGGGGAUCCACUUGAAGCGGGUGCCGUUGCGAACGUUUUUGGCCAGACUGGUAUUCUCAUCGGCUCGGUCAAAUCCAAUCUGGGCCAUAGCGAAGGGGCGUCAGGCUUGACUGGUGUCAUCAAGAUGAUACUAGCUCUUGAGCACCGAACAAUUCCUCCAAACAUCAAUUUCAAAACACCUAAUCCGAAGAUACCCUUCGAAAGCGCGCGCCUGCGUGUGCCUGUCGAAGCCGAGCCUUGGCCAGAAGACAAGGCCGAGAGAGUUGGUGUGAACUCCUUUGGAAUUGGAGGAGCCAAUGCUCAUGUCCUCCUUGAGUCAGCGGCAUCCAAUGGCGCAUUGCAAAAGCCGGCUCCGUCGAAGACUGAUUGCUUCAAGCUCUUGGUGUUUUCCGCCACCCAUGCUGCCUCGGUCCGUGACAACAUCCACAACAUGGAAGAGUAUUUGAAGGAGAGGCCCCGUCUCGCGCAGAAUCUCGCCUAUACGUUGGGCUGCCGCCGGCAGACUUUCUCGCAGCGAGCAUUUGCAGUCGUGAGUCCGACCAACGAGCUCGAAAUCUCACCCGUCAAGCGAGCCCAGCAGUGUUCCGCGUUUGUCUUUGUCUUCACGGGUCAGGGUGCCCAAUAUGCGGAGAUGGGCAAAAGUCUGUUGGUCUCGAAUUCCGCAUUCGCUACCUCGAUCCAGCAGCUCGACGAGGCGUUGAAAAUCGUCGAUCCGGAAAUCUCCUGGAGCCUUACUGAGGAGGUCUUGAAACCCAAGGAACUUUCCAGGCUUGCGGAAGCUCAAUUCUCCCAACCAGUCUGUACCGCUCUUCAGAUUGCCCUCGUUGACUUACUCCACUCAAUGGGAAUAAUUCCCACUGCCGUGGUUGGCCAUUCCUCUGGAGAAAUAGCAGCGGCUUACGCUUGCGGGGCUCUGACUGCUCGGGAAGCGAUCAUGGUCUCCUACCACCGUGGACUGAUUGCUGCUGAAGCGGAGAGUAUUGGUACGGGUGGAAUGUUGGCUGUUGGUCUUGGUAAAAAGGCCGCCUCGAGGUUUCUGCGGCCCGGUGUCGAGGUCGGCUGCGAAAACAGUCCUGAAAGUGUAACACUGACAGGGAUCGACAGUGAACUCGAAGAGACAGCCGCAGAGAUUCGCGCGGAAUAUCCUGAGAUCUUGGUGCGGCGUCUGCGAGUCAAUUGUGCAUAUCAUUCAGCACAAAUGAAAAGGUUUGAAUCGAAGUACCUGGCCAGCAUGGAAGCCUCGGGCAUCGAACCGAAAUCCGUUCGAGCUGCCUUCUAUUCGACGGUCGCAGGACAUCAGCUUGACAACGGUGAAGAGCUCAAGGCAUCAUACUGGUGCCGGAAUCUUAAAUCCCCAGUCUUGUUCAACACCACCGUCGCAGGACUUCUUGAGAAUGUGCCUCCUCACACAACCUUUCUUGAAAUUGGGCCACAUUCGGCACUCGCCGGACCGCUACGUCAAAUCGCGACUCACGCAGCCAAAAGCAUGAACUACGUCCCGACUCUAGUGCGGAACCUGGAUGCACAUGCUGCUUUCCUUCGUACGGCGGGGGCUCUGUUCCAAAUGGAUAUUCCGAUGAACCUGUCUCCCGUCAUCGGUGUCGGACAGGUACUGACUGAUCUACCAACCUAUGCUUGGCACCAUGAAGGCAGAUAUUGGCUAGAAUCCCGUCAGAUGAAAGGAUAUCGGAUGCGACAAUUCCCGUACCACGACUCCUUGGGACUCCGAGUUGAGGAUGCCAACGACCUGGAACCCACGUGGCGCAAUGUGGUACGUAUAGCGGAUGUUCCCUGGAUAAGAGACCAUGACAUACUUGGAGAACUGGUAUUUCCAGGGGCGGGAUAUGUCUCCAUAGCAGGAGAGGCUAUCCGACAACUCACAGGAUCCACGGACUUUAGCGUUCGCAACGUCAACAUCAUUACGGCCAUGGUGAUGGACGAAAUGGCGCCAACCGAGAUCAUUACACAAUUUCGACCUGCCAGACUCACCACCACGCUCAACUCCAACUGGUAUGACUUUACAGUAGCUUCAUACCGCAACGGGGUGUGGACACGAAACUGCACCGGCCAGGCCCGAGCAGGGCGGGAAUUCGACUUGGAACUUCCACACCCGGUGCCCGGCGCCAGAAUGGUAGAGCCAGCGGUAUGGUAUCGAGUCAUGAAGAGAUUCGGGUUCAACUACGGCCCACGCUUCCGUGGAUUAAAGAACAUCACGGCCAGCGUCUCUGAGAACAAGGCUACGGCAGAUGUCGACAACUUCAUUGACAAGUUGGAAACUCGAUACGCGUUCCAUCCCUGCACCAUCGACUACAUAUUCCAGCUAUUUAGCGUUGCGGCAAGACGUGGAAUACCUCGUUUGUUUGACUAUCUUGCUGUGCCGACCUACAUCGAAGAGCUCUACAUCAGUCCGCCCACGUCAACUGUUAGCGUUCAGACGACCGCCAAUGCCAGAGACAAAGGAGCCUUCUCUGGCGACGCAGUAGGCUACUGUGGCGACAAGCUCGUCUUCCAUGUGAAGAACAUCCGGCUCUCCCAGCUCACUGACGGAGAAGAAGUCCGGGGAGUUGACCCGCACGCGGGAUCGCAGAUUGUAUGGAAGCCUGAUAUUGACUAUGUGGAUGUCGGCACCCUGAUGCGCCCGCAGAACGAUCCUUCGGUUGAAAACUUCGUCUUGGAGGAGCUUGCUCUUACAUGCAUGGUUGAAACAGAGUCUCGCCUGAGGCACCUUACGACAUCGCAGCCUCAUUUUGUACGCUUCUACGACUGGUUGAAGGCGCAACGAGCGCGAGCUGAGACAAACUCUUACGACAAUGUUCCCAACAGCGCCGCGAUAGUCGAAAUGUCCGCGGAUGAACGAGUCGCUCACGUUGCCCAACUUCUUGCGAACCCCCUGUUGGGACACGGCAAAACGAUGGCCACCGCCAUAUAUCGCAUCUUCGAGGCUGCCGUUCCUAUCUUUGAAGGAAAGACAAAUCCCAUUGAUUUGCUUCUGAAAGACGAUGUCCUUGCGGAUACUUAUGCUUAUGGUCAACGCUGCUGCGACUAUGGCGACUUCCUGAAGGUCUUGGGGCAUUCACGGCCCAACAUGAAGAUCCUCGAGAUCGGAGCAGGUACUGGGGGCAUGACAUCCACGAUAUUACCACUGCUUAAGAAUGAGAACGGCGACCGGCUGUAUGGGUCUUAUACCUACACCGACAUAUCUGCCGGGUUCUUCGUCUCGGCGAAAGAGCGCUUUCAAUCCUUCGACAAGAUAAGCUUCAAUAUCCUCGAUAUUUCAGCAAAUCCACUAAUGCAAGGAUUUGAGAAAGGACAUUACGAUUUGAUAGUGGCCUCCAAUGUGCUUCACGCCACCCCGGACUUACACCAGACCUUGCUAAAUGUCGGAGCUUUGCUGAAGCCCAACGGCAAACUUUUCUUGCAGGAGCUGUCUCCCAUCACAAAAUGGAUCAACUACGUUAUGGGAGUUCUUCCCGGUUGGUGGCUGGGUGAAGCCGAUAAUCGUCCCGACGAGCCCUAUGUUGGCGCGGAUCGCUGGGAUCUGGAACUCAAAAAGGCAGGCUUCGUCGGAGCAGAAUCAGUUGUGCACGACGGUCAUUUCAACGCACAUAUCGUGAGCCGGCUACAGGAGACGUGGCUGAACGUCCAGCCCAGGAUAUCUCUUCUUCGCAACCGCUCUCAUUGCCCGCCUGCGGAUUCUUUGACCGACUAUCUGCAGGCGCAUGGCUAUCAGGUUGAAGUCGUCCAUCUGGGUGACAAGAUUCCCAGCGGCCAGCCAAUCGUCUCUGUCCUCGACCUGGACGGUCCCUUUGUCCAUGCGUGGGACGCUCUGGCAUACGAAGAAUUCCGGCAAUUGCUGUGGGAGCUGGAUGGAAGCCCGAUGCUGUGGAUCACACAGUCAUGUCAGGUCCUUUGCAAAGACCCGCGCUAUGCUCCAAUCCUUGGCCUCGCGCGUACGAUCAGAAAUGAACUGUCGCUGAACUUUUUCACUCUCGAGCUCGACUCCUUCGACGAUGCCGCGUGGGCAGCAACCACCCAUGUCAUUUCGAAAGCGAGUCAACCGUCUUUUGACGCAGAGCUGGACGCGACGACCGAAUUCGCAUACGCUUCGGGUCAUCUUCUGGUCGGCAAAUUCAAUCCCGUGGUUGUCGGAGACCAGCUCACCACGCGGGGCCUCAAAGAUUCUGUCAAGCAAUUCAACAUCGGCAAGCGAGGGUUUUUGCAGACUCUCGGUUGGCGGCCACAAGGAGAUAUACAGAGACCAUCUGACUGGGUCGAAAUUGAUACCCGUGCAGUAGGCCUGAAUUUCAAGGACGUUCUCAUCGCAAUGGGCAUCGUUGACGGGCAGUCAUUAGGCGUCGAAUGUGCCGGAGUCGUACGAGCUGCCGCACCAGGCGUCACACAUCUCACCAAAGGGGACCGUGUCAUCGUCUUCGGUGGUGGCUGUUUCAGCUCGACUCUGGUCACCAGUGCACGUCUGUGUGCGAAGAUGGCACCGAAGCUUGACUUUGUCGAAGCCGCAGCCCUACCCUGCGUGUUUGCGACGGUGAUAUACUCGCUCCUGGAUGUGGCACGGUUAAGAGCAGGCCAGACGGUUCUCAUUCAUUCGGCUUGUGGCGGCAUCGGACUUGCAGCAAUUCAAAUUUGCAGAAUGGUCGGAGCAAAAAUCUUUUGUACAGUCGGCAGUCCUGGAAAGGUCGAGUACUUGACCAAGACAGUUGGCGUACCAGAGGAACGGAUCUUCAAUUCCCGCGAUAAUACCUUCCUGCGCGACAUCAUGUCCGCCACGCAAGGUCGGGGCGUCGACGUGGUCCUCAACUCCUUGUCAGGUGAACUGCUACACGCUUCUUGGAAAUGUGUUGCAGAGUUCGGCGUCAUGGUUGAGAUUGGCAAGCGAGAUUUCAUCGGCAAGGGCAAGCUUGCAAUGGACCUGUUCGAAUCGAAUCGAUCCUUCGUGGGAGUCGACUUUGGCCAGAUCUGUCUGGAGCGGCCUGAGAUCACCCAAAAUCUGCUGGAGCGUUUGAUGGAUUACUACGAGCAGGGACAUAUCAGUCCCGCGCCCAUCACCAAGUUCGAAGCUGCAACCGCGGAGCAGGCGUUUCGUUUCAUGCAAAAGGGAAGUCACAUCGGGAAGAUUGUGGUCGCGAUGCCCAAAAAUGUCGAAGAUAUUCCUGUGACUCCUGCAGUUGUGCCACCGAAAUUCCGUGCCGACGGCUGCCACAUAAUCAUUGGAGGUCUCGGGGGUCUCGGUCGCUCCGUCAGCUCUUGGAUGGUCAUGCAUGGCGCUCGACACUUGGUCAUGUUCUCGAGGUCUGCAGGCCGUCCUGGAGACCAUGACAAAUACAUCCAAGAACUUCGGGCCCAGGGGGUCAGGCUAGACUUGAUCUCGGGGGACGUUACGGAUCCUGCCAGCGUCGACGCCAUGAUCGCAGGCUUGGACACAAACGUCGCUGGAGUGAUGCAAGCGUCUAUGGUCUUGAAGGACGUUGCCUUCCCAGAAAUGACUUUUGACGAUUGGCAGACAGCAGUGCUCCCGAAGAUCCAGGGAACAUGGAACUUACAUCACUCGAUGGAACGGCACAAUCGACAAACGCUGGACUAUUUCGUCUUGUUUAGUUCAUGGUCCGGCCUGGUGGGCCAUUGGGGCCAGGCGAAUUACGCGGCGGGCAAUACGUUCCUCGACGCCUUUGUGCAGUAUCGCCACACGCUGAAACUGCCCUGCUCAGCCAUCAACAUCGGCCUUAUGGAGGACAUUGGCUAUGUCUCGCGCAAUGAGCAUAUUCUGGAGCACUUCCGUUCGACGGCCACCCAUGCGCUGCAAGAGCAGAACCUUCUCGACACGAUCCAGUACAUGAUCGACCAGUCGCUGCCUGCCAACAACGACCGGCUCACCGAGGACCAUGGCUUCACCAGUGCCGGACAGGUGUGCAUCGGUCUCCGCACCACACUCCCGCUGAACUCGCCGGCAAACCGCACAGUCUGGAAGCGAGAUCCCCGGAUGGCGAUCUAUCACAACCUUUCGAUCUCCAGCGGCGAUGGAAGUGGCUCCGGCAGUGCCGAAGACGAAGCUCUCAAACAGUUCCUGCUCACCGCCAACGCUACGCCAGCUGUCUUGUCGCAGCCUCCCGCUGCCGAAUUCCUCGCAAAGGAAAUCGGGCGCACCUUGUUUGGAUUCAUGCUCCGAGACCUAGAAGACAUGGAUCUGGCCGUGUCGCUCGCCUCCACAGGCGUUGACUCGCUCGUGGCCAUCGAGCUGCGUAACUGGUUCCGGCUCAAGCUUGGCGUCGAUGUGACCGUGCUGGAGAUCCUGGGCGGCGCCAGUCUCGGAGACCUCGGCCGUAUGUCGGCGGAGCGCAUGGUCCUGAAAAAGGCGGCAGCACAUGCCACCGACGGAGCGUCCGGCCCUGAUGCUCAAGAGGCGGCAGAGGAGGUGGGUAAUAGCAAGGCUGUUGAAGAGGAAUCUAUCCGCGACCGAUACCUGAACAUGAAGGCGCCGUAA